GAGGUUGGGGUUAAGUUAACCAAACCCAGGUUAGGCCUUCCGGCAUCCCGACGUCGAGGGGCGGGUUUUCCUUUGCACCGCCCCUUCUGAUUGGAGGAAGGCCGCCCCGCCUCCGCCAAUGGUCGCGGAGCUGGGGGCGGGGUUUUCCACGGUGACUCGCCGGGAUGGCGCGGCGGCUGCUGAGGAAGCGGGCCCAGGAGGCGGCGAUGAUCCUCGGAGGCGGGGGACUGAUCUUCACCUCCUACCUGACGGCGGUGGGGGACGAGCGCUUCUAUGCCCAGUACCUGAUGCCCGCGGUGCAGCGGCUGCUGGACCCCGAGCUGGCUCACAAGCUCACCGUCCGCUGCAUCUCCGCGGGGCUCCUCCCGCGAGCGGCACCGCCGGAUUCCAGCAUGCUGGAAGUACGAGUCCUGGGCCAUAAAUUCCGAAAUCCCCUGGGAAUGGCUGCGGGCUUUGACAAGCAUGGGGAAGCAGUGGACGGACUUUAUAAGAUGGGCUUUGGUUUUGUUGAGGUAGGAAGUGUUACCCCAAAACCUCAGGAAGGAAACCCUAAACCCAGAGUCUUCCGACUCCCAGAAGAUCAGGCUGUUAUAAACAGAUACGGCUUCAACAGCCACGGACUCUCCGUGGUGGAGCACAGGUUACGGGCGCGGCAGCAGAAGCAGGCUAAGCUCACCCAAGAUGGGAUGCCGCUAGGAAUAAACUUGGGAAAGAAUAAGACCUCCUCGGACGCUGCAGCCGAUUACUCAGAAGGAGUCCGAGUGAUGGGGCCUUUGGCAGAUUACCUGGUGGUGAACGUGUCCAGCCCUAAUACCGCUGGACUGAGGAAUCUACAGGGGAAGGAAGAAUUGCGCCAGCUGCUGACCAAGGUGCUGAAGGAGAGGGACGCCUUGCAGGGUGGGCACAAGCCGGCGGUGCUGGUGAAAAUUGCCCCGGAUCUCACGGCCCAAGAGAAGAGGGAGAUAGCCAGUGUGGUCAAGGAGCUGGGCAUUGAUGGGUUGAUAAUCACCAACACAACUGUUAGUCGUCCUGCCAGCCUUCAGGGUGCACUUCGAUCUGAAGUGGGAGGACUGAGUGGGAAGCCCCUCCGAGACCUAUCGACCCAGACCGUGAGCGAGAUGUACUCGCUCACCCAAGGCAAAAUCCCCAUAAUUGGAGUUGGUGGGAUCAGCAAUGGGCAGGAUGCACUGGACAAGAUCCGUGCUGGCGCCUCCUUGGUGCAGAUGUAUACAGCAUUUACUUACGGGGGACCACCCGUGGUCGGGAAGAUCAAGCGGGAGCUGGAGGCCCUUCUGAAAGAACAGGGUUUCAACCAGCUCACGGAUGCCAUUGGAGCAGACCAUCGGAGGUGAGCAAACAGCAGUGAGUCAUGGCCUUCAUGGAUGGAAGGAAUCUGCCUCAAAGCUGCUUCCCCACAUCUAAGGAGACCUGGCUCCCUGACCUGGCAGGACUGGAUGAUGGCACGGGCCUUGAGUCCUCAGAACACUCUGACUGUGAACCUCAAUCAUGAUUCUUUCCAGAUUCAGGCCCCGAGACCUUGCGUUAUGGUGAACGUUCUGUACAUAAGAAAACUGUUGUGGAGUAGUCAUGUAAAGUUUGUACUUGGAACCCUAGCUUCUUUCUCUAGGGCCUCUUCCUCUCCCCAUGCCCCUCAAAGCGUUGUGACUUGCAUCAGGCGUUCUGACGACCAGGCCUGAGCCGAGGUUCUCUUGGGAAGCCUGCACAAGGGCCACUUUUCUCCUCCAGGAGACGGGCAAGACUGGGGGAGGGGACAACCCCGGCUCUUCUCAGCUGAGGAGUUUUUAGCGCUGUCUGUCGCUGUGGGCCUUUAGGGACGAGGCACAGGGACCUGCUUCUGAUGGAGAGGCGCUUUUCACACACGGCUGAUGCAGGGAUUUGCUUUGCUUGAUUGCCUACUUGUGACAAGGUUUUUGUUUUCAGUCACAGUAACAGCAGUAUCAGUCGUCAUGGCAUUUCUGUGGUGCUUUAUGGUUUACAAAGCCAUUCACGUGUGUUACCUCAUUUGACCCUCCCACAAAAGGCGGGCGCUGUUAUUCUCUGCAGUCUCAUGCAUGAGAGUACUGAGGCUGAGAAGGUAAAACGAGGGGCAGCACAGAUGUCUGGAGCACGAUUUGACCUCGGCUCUUCCUAACUCCAGGUUCAGCACUCUCCUGUACCUCUCUGCUCCCCUGGGAGAGAGGGGAAGGGAGAAGGCGGGGUUCAGGUUACAGUUUCCUGACCCCACAAAGAUGGGAAGAGAACAGAAGGAAGGCCAGAAGGCAUGUAGACAGGCCCGCCGGCUCUGAUAGUUACCGGUGUUGAAUUUAUUGUGCUUGAACAGAAAAGCCUGCUGUACAUCAGGGAGGUUUGCAGUUUCCCGUACCCUCCUUUUCCUUUCCAGUACAUAUGGACACACUUGUUUUAUUAGGUGUUUGUUAAACUAAGAAUUUUUAAAAAUAAAAUGCAACAACGCAGGAAGGACA